AAAAAACAAACAACAAAUUCAAAAAUUUCUCCAACACAAAAUCGCUGCAGCCCAAUAGCUUGCAGCUCGACCUCCAUGAACGGAAGAGCACUUCCGAUCAAUCUAUAUUCUCCUCCGGAACGCCACCCUGCGCCGGAGACACCGGUUUAUCGGAAACUUUUAUGUUCCGAGUCGAAUUCGAACUCCAAACUAUGUUUCAGAGUUAGGGUUCAGUUCUUAUCUAGUUCUUAUGUUCAUGUUCUUUUGAAUGGUUCCGAUGUUAGGAGGAAUCAGGUGUGGAAGGUGAGGUCGGAAGUGAAAUCAGAACCGUAUGAACUUUCGAAGUCAGCGCCUGGAUCGUUCAAGUUUAAAGAGAAAUUGGGAGGCGAUGUUGUAUCGAAGGAUGAAAAUGGAGAUGAAUUUGUUGACAGUGAUGUUCCGUGGUGGGAGGAGUUCCCUAAACGUUGGACUAUUGUUAUUCUCUGUUUUUCUGCUUUCCUUCUCUGCAACAUGGAUAGAGUGAAUAUGAGCAUUGCUAUACUACCAAUGUCAUCGGAGUUCCAUUGGAAUUCUACUACUGUUGGUUUGAUACAGUCAUCGUUUUUCUGGGGCUACCUUCUCACUCAGAUUGCAGGAGGUAUUUGGGCAGACACUGUAGGUGGGAAACGAGUUUUGGCGUUCGGUGUCAUUUGGUGGUCUAUAGCAACAGUUCUUACUCCCAUUGCUGCAAAAUUCGGACUCCCUUUCCUACUCAUAGUCCGUGCUUUCAUGGGUAUAGGCGAGGGUGUGGCCAUGCCGGCUAUGAAUAAUCUUCUGUCAAAAUGGGUUCCUGUUGCAGAGAGAAGUAGAUCAUUGGCUCUGGUAUACAGUGGAAUGUACCUUGGCUCCGUCACCGGCCUUGCCUUUUCACCAUUCUUAAUACAUUCUUAUGGAUGGCCUUCAGUCUUUUUCUCUUUUGGUUCUCUAGGAACAGUGUGGACUGCAUUAUGGUUAAGUAAGGCAUACAGUUCACCUCUUGAAGAUCCUGAACUUCGUCCUGAAGAAAAGAAGCUGAUUUUUCGCAAUAGGGUUUCUGAGGAACCUGUUAAAACUAUUCCCUGGGGAUUGAUCUUGUCAAAAGCACCCGUAUGGGCUUUGAUAACUUGCCAUUUUUGUCACAACUGGGGAACGUUUAUACUCCUCACAUGGAUGCCUACCUAUUAUAAUCAGGUCCUAGGAUUCAAUCUAACAGAAUCUGGGCUAUUCUGUGUAUUGCCUUGGCUUACAAUGGCGUUCUCGGCCAAUCUUGGAGGCUGGAUAGCCGACACACUAGUGAGCAAAGGGUGGUCAGUGACCACAGUACGAAAGGUAAUGCAGUCAAUUGGAUUUCUUGGGCCUGCAUUUUUCUUAUCUCAAUUAAGCCAUGUCAACUCUCCCGCAAUGGCUGUCUUGUGCAUGGCGUGUAGUCAGGGGUCUGAUGCAUUUUCACAGUCCGGAUUAUAUUCAAAUCAUCAAGAUAUUGCCCCUCGAUAUUCUGGGGUGCUGCUUGGUUUGUCUAAUACUGCCGGAGUUCUGGCUGGUGUCUUUGGUACUGCAGCAACCGGUUACAUCUUGCAACACGGUUCAUGGGAUGAAGUGUUUGAGGUAGCGAUCGGGCUGUAUUUGGUUGGAACCGUGAUAUGGAAUCUUUUUUCAACGGGCGAGAAAAUUAUCGACUGAAUUACAUCAAGUCUCGUUUGCGACCCAUGAGGCAAAGUUCAAAUCAACAUAUAUUUGUGGAAGCAUUGGUGAGAGGGUUGAUAGAAAGAAACAAGCCAAAUGAAAGCUUAGCUCGAAAAGAUGGCAGGAAGGAAGGUAAUUUGAUCCUGUAAAGUAAGUAGUAAAUUAUGAUCAUCUUUUUUUCAUACCCAUUUCACAAAUAGAAACAUAGGAGAAGAACAAGAACAAGAACAAGACUAGACACACAUUUGGAUACACCCUUCUGUAUAUUGUACGGUAACUACUAAUAAUAGCAAUAAUAUAGCCAUUUCCCCUUUGUAUG